AUGUUUAUUCAACUAAUAUUAUUUUAUUCUAUUAUUGCAGUACGUGGUGAUUAUGAAUAUGCUGCUGAUGAACUUGAAGAAGAUGAAGGACCAUGUGGGAAACAUGAAGAAGUGGAUGAAUGUUUCAUGAACUGUUUAGGAUAUCCUCCAAGUUGUGAAUAUCCUAGAGGAUAUGAAAUAGUUGAAGUAUUCAAAGAUGUUGAAUGUAUAUGUGAAGAAGCAUGUGUUUGUGAAUCUGGAUAUGUUAGAGAGGAAUGGGGAGUCCCCUCACCUUGUGUUUCAAUAUUUGAUUGUCCAAAGAAUGAACGAGUGAUAGAUGUAAUUAAAGAAGAUUAUCAUAAAUGA